AUGUGCCAGCUAGAAGUCAAGCCAAACCAACUCCUUCUAAAAGCGCAGGAUCUUCCUGGUUUCUCCAUAGCCUCUCGGAGUAACCCUGGCGUAUCAGCUGGCGGCGGGGGCUGGGAGCCGCUCGGGCAACCGUACUUCGACAACAGCACCAAGCGUGAAGCCACUGCCGCUGUCGGGCAACCCGCGUACCUACACUGUAGAGUGCGGAACCUCGCUGAUAGAGCGGUAUCCUGGAUUCGAAAACGGGACCUACACAUCCUGACAGUAGGGGUGCAUACAUACAGCAGCGAUGCUCGUUUCGCUGCCCUCCACGCGGACGGCUCCGACGAGUGGACCCUGCGCGUCGCUCCAGCUCAGCCCAGGGACUCUGGCGCGUACGAAUGCCAAGUGUCCACGGAGCCGAAAAUCAGCUUGUCGUUUCGCCUUACUGUUGUUGUAUCGAAGGCGGAGAUAUUGUCGGGACCUGAACUGUUCGUGAGAGCGGGAUCCGAUAUCAACCUCACUUGCGUCGCUAAAUACGCGCCCGACCCGCCAAGUUUCAUCUACUGGUACCGAGGGGAGCAGGUGGUGAAUUACGCGCAGCGCGGCGGCAUCAGCGUGGAGACUGAGCAGCGGACCCGGACCAGUCGGCUGCUAAUCGCGCGCGCCGCGCCGCAUGACUCCGGGAAUUACACCUGCGCACCUAGCAGCUCUGAAUCUGCGUCGGUGAUUGUUCACGUGCUGAGUGGAGAGAGACCUGCCGCCAUGCAGAGCUCGGGGUCGACCCCACAACACCUGAACCGGACAGUCCUCGCCAUUCUCGUCACCAUCACUACCGCCAGAUGCCAGCAGAUCUCAUUCCUUAUCACCCUACCCAUUGUCGUACAUUACAUCUUGACAAUAAUUACUUCCCGUUUGUCCAAUACGGUCAAAUUCCUAUCAAGCGCGGGAUAUUCGAGAUGACCUAAUAACCAUUCCGAAACUUCCACAGUUUAAUAGGAAAAUGUAUAGAUUAAUGAGAAUUUUUGGUUUUAUUUUGAAUUAGUGCUAUUCAAAUAUCAUGAUAGAGUCUUAAACUUUUCUUAAAUAUAUGUUGUUGUUCUGAGAAUUUCUUGUUUCAAAGUUUAAAUUAAAUAUGUCAUUCUAAAAACAAACGUUUACAUAAUUAUUCAGGACAAAUUUCUUUUAUUUUUGCCCUUUCAAAUACAGUAUAUAUUUAUCCUGUAUAUCGACUUAAUUCUAAGAUUGCAAUCAGACUGAUUCAUUACACGAAUCUGGAAUAAAUCCAGAUUCGAUCGGAGCAAGAAGCUUAUCUAUGCAUAACGUACCUAAUCCAGCAGUUGCUCUCUUUACCACGUUAUUUGCUUUCUAUCAAGUUGCAUAAAUAAACGGCGGCAUAACCUAUAUCUGGCCCAGACUCGGUACAUCGAGGCUGGUUAAUCUCACCGAGCGGAGACCGCACCAGCCCGUUUCCAUAUUGAAAUAAAUAUUUACAUAUACAUAUUUCUUUUGAAAUUGUUCAAUCCGUUUCCCGAUUAAAGGCAUUGCAUUAUUUUUCAUUACAAAAUGAAUUGUUACUUUUAUGUAGAAAUGUUUGUAUAAAAAAUCGUAUUUCGAUUUGCUUAUAGGAAAUGUGACUUGUAUUUACUUGUCUACUUGUUAAUGUGUAUCGUAAACAACGAAUGUUAUGUUUCAAUUCGGUACUGUUGUUACUCGACGCUGGUCCGCGUUAUUGACUUUCUUGAUUAAAACUUUGUUACGAGCUACGAAGCAACAGCUGUGACGGUUUGAUUCUUAAAUUAUUGACUGCGCACUCAAUCGUAAAACGAGUUAAAGCUAAGACGAUUUUUCUGUUACCACAACUCGACUCUCAUUCGUUUCUUAUACAAUAAUUUCAAACUUAUUUGAGUUCAAAUAUGGUAGCUUAACUGACCCGCAGGAGCUAUCUCGAGCUAUGAAUAAAUUUAAGUUACAUUUUAUCAUCCACAUACAUAAACCUAGAAGUUAAUGCUUGCUUUCAAACAUUAAAUUUACCUGAAAUCCAACGUAAGAUUAAAACCUGAGCUACCCCUUUGUAAAAUGUUCGACACACUUUAACAAAGUCCUUAGAAUAAUAAAAUUACUUUUGACAAAGUCGAAAAUGGGAUUGUUUUAUUACCAACAUAAAAGAGGGAUUUCACAAGAACUCUGAGUGACAAGACGAGUUUUAUAAGUAUAGAGAGUAUAUAUUAAAUCGUUGAAGUUCGUUUCAUACGAGACUGAUGGAUAGCGCACAAAUCUGUGUAUUCGCUAUCCGACUCCCUUUUAUUUAUAAACAUUUAAAAAAGAACAAAAAACAACGUUAAGUUUUUAAUUUUCCACCUAAACCAAUUACUA